UCUCGGUUCUUUUUAGACCGUUAAGCGGUUGAAAAAAUUCUAAGUUUAGCAAAGUGCAAACACCAUUACAACUUAUAAGCUUUAAUUUGCUCAACAAAAAAAAAACAGUUCAAAUAUGUUUCAUCUCUUCUGCUCUUCUCUUCUUAAUUUCUUCAUCGUUUGGUCUCCUUAAUUCUUCUGAGAACACGUCUUUAUAUAUUUUCUUUAGAAACAAGUUAAGACGAAACACAAGGAUGGCUGCAAGAAGAAUGCAAGGAACCGACAGCAAAGCGAUUACUGCAAUAGCCAUUGAUAAAGAUAAGAACAGCCAACACGCUUUAAAGUGGGCCGUUGACAAUAUUGUCGGCCGUUCUCCAAACUGUAUCCUUCUCCAUGUUAAAACCAAAUUGCGUAAUGUCAUCAUCAUCAUCUCUGUCAUCGAUCAAUGAACCAAUCAAUAUAAUGAAAAGGUCUUUUAAACAGGAAUCGGCGCAGGAACGGACACAGAAGCAACACAUGACAACCAAGAAGAGGCGCAUGAGUUCUUUCUUCCCUUCAGAGGAUUAUGUGCUCGAAAAGGGGUCAGAGAUCAAUCUCUCUUUCUCUUCUGAGUCCUGACAACAAUCGCAUUUAUAAGUCUGAGCUCAUAUAUAUAUAUGUUUUUAAUCAGAUUAUAGCAAAGGAGGUGCUUCUUCACGAUAUUGACAUUGCAAGUGCAAUUGUUGACUACAUCACCAACAACUCCAUUGCAAAUAUAGUAAUUGGAGCCUCUACGCGAAACUACUUCCUCAAGUACCCUAUCUUUUCUCUCACGUAACCUGCCUCUAAUAUAAGUGAAUGCUAAAACUCUUUGUGAUGAUGGUCUUAAUCAGGAAGUUUAAGAGCGUAGAUGUGCCAGCGUCUUUGCUUAAAACAACUCCAGAUACAUGUGCUGUCUUUAUUGUGUCUAAAGAGAAGCUCGUAACAAGCAGAUCAGCGAGUAGAGCUCAGACACCUCAACACACUCCCCAGCCUUCAAAACAACAAACUGUGCUCUCUAUGUUAUUCGAUCUUGGCCCAACAAGCUCCAGUUACAGUGAAUCCGGAAGGUACUUAACUCAUCAUGUUGCUCUGGGUGAAUGAAUAUUGUUUUGCUUCACAUAAAUCAUUGGAUUUUUUUUUGCCAUUCUUGCAGAUCAUCUCCUGCACUAAACGGAGAUUUUUCUCCACCUACAUAUCAAUACAAGUCGUGUGUUAAUAUGAGUUCUGCCUCAGAGUUCAGCAAUAGACUCUCUCAUAGCGGUCAUAGUAGUGUAUCAAAUGCGAGUUUCUACAGCGUCCUAGGAAGAUCAACCAAUGGAGAAAGCUCCCACUCUUCCACAUCCAUGGUUAGUAGCGUUUCAAAUCGAUGUUAUUGCCACGAAGUUGCCUGUCGUUUUGACAUUUUCUUUCAAAAUCUGCAGUGUGAGAGCAAUAUAACCGAUGGAGAGGAGAGCAAUAUUACUGAACAACAGGUAAAAAUGUAGAUAUGGUGUUUUUGAGUAUGCCGAAUGUCAAGUUUAAGAUACUGAUAUGUUUGCGUGCCAUGUGGAUGAAUAUGCUCAGAAUCAAAAUCUUGAAGCAGAAGUGAGAAGAUUGAGACUCGAACUACAACAAUUUAAUGUUUCCAUGGGCAGAGUAACUGUAAGAUACUUACAAUCAUGUGAGCAAACGACAAUGUUUCCUUGGACUAAUAUCAGACACUGAUUGAAUGCUUGAAGCAGAAAACACAGGGUUCAAUCCAAGCAACUAAUAAAAUGACAAAACAGCUUGAGGAAAUGGAGAAGCAGAAGAGAAGACUUGUGGAGAUGCAGGCCAGGUUCAAGGAACAGAAGAUGGCCGAUGGCGUAACCUACAAACGUUAUAGCAUCAGAGAUGUGGAAGGUGCUACAAAUGGAUUUUCAGAUGCUCUAAAGAUUGGGGAAGGAGGUUAUGGACCUGUGUAUAAAGCUGUUAUUGAAAACGCUUCUGUUGCCAUCAAAAUUUUGAAGUCAGAUGUCUCACAAGGUCUGAAGCAGUUUCAACAAGAGGUUGAGGUUCUAAGUUGUAUGAGACACCCUAACAUGGUGAUCCUCCUCGGUGCUUGUCCUGAGUAUGGCUGCCUUGUGUAUGAGUAUAUGGAAAAUGGAACACUAGAAGACCGUCUCUUGUGCAAAGACAAUACUCCACCACUAUCUUGGAGGGCACGGUUCAGAAUCGCUGCUGAGAUUGCCACAGGGCUUCUUUUCCUUCACCAGGCCAAACCUGAGCCACUAGUGCAUCGAGAUCUGAAGCCAGCAAACAUACUGCUAGACAGAUAUAUGAUUAGCAAAAUCAGUGACGUCGGUUUAGCUCGGUUGGUGCCUCCCGCUGUUGCUGAUAGCUUCACUCAAUACCACAUGACUGCUGCAGCCGGUACAUUUUGUUACAUUGACCCUGAGUACCAGCAAACGGGGAUGCUUGGAGUGAAGUCUGACUUGUACUCGUUCGGUGUGGUGCUUCUGCAAAUCCUCACAGCCAUGCCGGCAAUGGCUUUAAGCCAUCGAGUAGAGAAAUCGAUUGAGAAAAGGAGACUCAGAGAGGUUUUGGAUCCAAAAAUAUCAGACUGGCCUGAAGAAGAAACAAUGGUGCUAGCUCAAUUAGCUUUGCAGUGCUGCGAGCUGCGGAGAAAAGACAGACAUGAUCUUGCUACCAUUUUGUUGCCUGCACUUAGCAGGCUAAGGGAGAUUGCAACAGAAGAACAUGAAGUACAUAACUCCAAUAGAACAUUUCCUAUUUCAGUUGCUCACAAUUCGAUUCCUCUUUCCCCAAUAUCUUCCUAACAUGUUGGUUUCUUAGAACCUGCAAUAACAGAUUUCUCAUCUUUGAUUCUUGUGUCUUUGUUUCAAUUGUUUUAUCUGCUAUGUAGACAGAGGAUGGCUAUCUAUGAGAUCCGAAAUUCCAUCCCAUACCUCCUACAAGAAGAAGGCGAUCACAGUGAUCAUAAAAACAAGCCAAUGCGUAGGAAGUUGUUAUUGGUCUUUUAAAGGUUUGUGCUCCAUUGAAAGUUCA